AUGGCUAGCUCCAAAGGAGCGGAGGAGCUUUUGAAACAGCUGCAAGCUCAGUUCGCUGCACAAGGGCAGAGUUUGGACAGGGACGAUGUCCUGAAUCUGGCUCGACAGCUCUACGUUGACGGUGCCCAGACCGAUUGGUGUGAGGCCGCUGGGCAAUCCGAGCCAUUGACGACGCGGCUCAAGAACCUCCUGAAGGACUAUCCAGCUGAUGUUGGCCUCUUCAAGGAGAUGGUGCAAAAUGCAGAUGAUGCCGGAGCCACGCGGGUGCAUUUUGUUUGGGACACCCGGCCGCAGAGGAAGGAGCGCCUCCUUUCUCCAGAGAUGAAAGCCUGGCAAACCACGUGUCUCUGGUCAUACAACGACGCGCCUGGAGAUGUUCUUGAGGAAGUCUUUUCAUUUUCUUGCUAA